GAACCUCAAUAAAAGCCAAGAGAUUUGGCUUGUAAAAACUUUUCUUGUAAAAAAAAAAAGAAACACAAAUUAAAUUUGUAAAUAUUGUGUAACAUCUAAUAAUAUUCUAUGAUAUAAUUAAUUUUUAUAAAUUUUUAAUUAAAUAAUAAUCACGCGACCUUGCGGACGACCUUUAAAUUAGUAUCGUUCGACGGUGUUCAAGCAUUGCGAUCCUUUAUUGGUGAUUAGUGUCCUGUUUUUAGAAUAAAUAAAGGUAAAAGUAUUGAAAAAAUAUCUCCAUCAUCAGUAGGCAUUAGAGGUGGAGAUUCAAACAAUCAUUUAAAAAUAUUAAUAGUAAAAAUCACUUAGAAUUUAACGAGAAAUGUUGCUACGAACGACUGUUCAACUCCGCAAUGAUUUGGCUCGGGUGACACUACGUAAUGCUGUGCGUAUAAACGUCGUCAGAAGCCUAACAACGCGAUGUCUUCACAGAAAAUCUCUUCAAAGGUAUCAAGGAUGCAGUUUUCGACAAACAAUAGACCCCUGGAGGCAACAAUUCAGAUAUUAUGCAGACUAUCCAGAUCAUGUCAAAGUUACACUGCCAGCUUUAUCACCUACUAUGGAAACUGGUACUAUUAUCAGUUGGCAAAAGAAAGAAGGUGAUAAAUUAAAUGAAGGAGAUCUUUUAGCGGAAAUUGAAACUGACAAAGCCACUAUGGGUUUUGAAACUCCAGAAGAAGGAUAUUUAGCUAAAAUAAUUGUACCAGCGGGUACAAAGAAUAUCAAUAUAGGUUCAUUAGUAUGUAUUAUCGUUUCUGAUGAAGGGAGUGUUGCUGCAUUCAAAGACUUUAAAGAUGAUGGAUCUGCUGCUGCAGCUUCAUCAGCUCCAAAACCAGCUGCAGCUCCAGCAUCUCCUCCACCUCCCCCACCACCAUCACCAUCAUCAGCUGCUCCAACUUCUGCUCCACCUCUCAUGCCUACUAUUAGUGGAGACAGAGUUUAUGCUAGUCCAUUGGCUAAAAGAUUAGCCACUGAACAAGGCUUAAGUUUACAAGGAUUAAGAGGCUCAGGAUUAUAUGGAUCCAUAACUUCCAAAGAUUUACAAGGUGCUGGCCCAGCAAUGGCUAUGGGAUCUGCUUUUGGUGGUGCAGUAGAUAUGCCUGUAUCAAAUAUUCGUGGUGUCAUAGCAAAACGAUUAUUGGAAAGUAAACAAACUGUUCCCCAUUAUUAUUUAACGAUCGAUGUAAGGAUGGACGCUGCUCUCGCAAUGCGAGAACAAUUUAAUAAAAUGUUAGAAAAAGAAAAAGUAAAGAUAAGCGUAAAUGAUAUCAUCAUCAAAGGUAUGGCCAUGGCGUGUAAAAAAGUACCGGAAGGUAAUAGUGCUUGGUUGGGAAAUGUUAUCAGACAAUAUGAUAAUGUUGAUGUGAGUGUAGCAGUGAGUACAGAAGCGGGACUUAUUACUCCAAUUGUUUUUGGUGCUGAUUGGAAAGGUAUUGCGCAAAUCAGUCAAGAUGUUAAAGCCCUCGCUGCUAAGGCCAGAGAAGGUAAACUUCAGCCACAAGAAUUCCAAGGUGGAACAAUUACGAUAUCAAAUCUGGGAAUGUUUGGUAUUAAAAAUUUCUCUGCUAUCAUUAAUCCACCACAAUCGAUUAUUCUUGCGGUUGGAAUGACAGAAACUAGACUUAUACCGGCCAACAAUGAGAAGGGAUUCACUACUGCCCAAUUUAUGUCAGUAACUGCCAGUUGUGAUCAUCGAACAGUUGAUGGUGCUGUUGGAGCUCAAUGGCUUUCAGCAUUUAAGAAUUUAAUGGAAAAUCCUACAACAAUGUUACUUUAAUUAAAUAAUGAAAUAAAUUAAUUGGCAUUGAAUAGUUGAAAGCACGUUUGAGAAGUAAUAUUCUCUACAAAUACUUGACGAUACGUAUUUUAAAAGUACCUUUAUGCGGUAAUGAAAUGCUUUAUUUGCAUUAAAUUAAAGGAUUUAUUUUCCUUUUAUUUCGAACUUUCGUAAAUGUACGGUUAAAUUGAUAUGGUUGAUAGUGUAAUAAUGACAGAGUACUAAUUAGUAUAAAAUAUGAAAAGGAAAGGAUAAAAACUACUCAAAGUCAUUGCAAAUGAGAGUAUUGUCUUUUCCAAUGUAUAAUAGAUCAACUUUAUAUAAUAUCUUUUAAACAUGUAGAGUGAUAAAAAAAAAUUGCUAAGAUGACUUUAAUACCGUGAAAAUGGUUAUUUUGUCGAUCAAUCAGUAAUUUUUAUGUCCGUUAUGGUGCUGAUUAAUUUGUGUACAUAAAAUAUGUCGCGAAAAAAUUAUUCAAAAGAUGUCAUCGAUAAUGUUAUUACUCACAGUCAAAUACGAUGAAUCGCUGUAUAAUAAAUGGUUAUGAAGAUCUAUAUAUGUAAA